UACUUCCUGUUUCCCGUCGUCCAUUCAUGCACGUGAAGGUCAGGAUUACAGUGUUCAUUUACUCAUAAUCAGGUAAAUUGUGCCCUCGCGACGUGUCUGUGGGUGAGUUAUGGACGGUCAGGCAGCGACAGCUGACCCUCAGCUCCAGCACUUCAUCGAGAUCGAGUCUCAGAAGCAAAGGUUUCAGCAACUGGUGCAUCAAAUGACUGAGGUUUGCUGGGAGAAAUGUAUGGACAAGCCGGGGCCAAAGCUGGACUCCAGGACAGAAACAUGCUUUGUUAACUGUGUGGAGCGAUUCAUCGACACAAGCCAGUUCAUCCUAAACAGACUGGAACAGACCCAGAGAAGCCGCGGCGCAUUCUCUGAGACCAUGUCAGAUUAAAAACUGCCGGUAAAUGGACUCGCAAGAUUCACGGCCCCUGCUCUGUAACAAGACCGUUUGCUCCUGAUACAGCUGACCGAAUGUUGCAGAACUGGCUGAUCGAGUGCAAAAAGGAAGAAGACGACCAAGUGUUACUUUAGAAACAAGUGCCUGAGAUAAUCGGUGUAUGUGGGUGUGCAGGCCCUUAUUUGUCCUCCAUUUGAUGGGAUACAAGUGUUGUAAAAUGCUUAUAGGGAGGUCUCUUGCGCACAGAUUGUUACACUGUCAUGUUGCACUGAGUCGACGGAUUCAAGCCAUUUCACUGAUCAGGCCGUGAAAUCGGAUUUGAAUGAAUUAAGAUCCACUGCUUCAAUCAUGUGGUUAUGAGAGUGGGAGACGGCAGAAAGGUGGACGCGUCUGGGACAUUCAAGUUGCCAACCGAUUGUUACAGCGACCUGGACUCGACCACACACACACACACACAAACGUAAUUUAAGAGAACUAAUAGUCUUCUGGACUGUACAUAUGCAAUAAACAAAAUGCCACAUA